AUGAAGCGCACGGCGCCUCGCAGCACUUUACGGAAAAUCAUAAAGAAGCACAAACCCGAGUUACGCCUGGCGACUAACACCGACCUGCUGGUGCAUUUGAACUUCUUGCUGUUUCUCCAUCGGCUAGCAGAAGAAGCCAGGACAAAUGCUUUUGAGAACAAAAGUAAAAUAAUUAAACCUGAGCACGUUAUAGCUGCAGCAAAGGUUAUUUUGAAGAAAAGCAGAGGCUAG